UUUUUUUUCAAAUUGUGCGGUGUCAAUCAGAGAUAAGAUAUCUUCUUAUAGUUACAAGCAUACAUAUAUACAUUUUUAUUUACAUAUACAUAGGCAUGGACAUAUACAUAGUUGUGCCCAAGUAAUAUUUGAUUAUAAAAUACAAAUUGUAAUUUUUUCUGAUGUGUGUCAAGCUAGUUUUUAUGUAUUUAAUUUUUAGUUAUUUAGUAACAAAUAACAACUCAAUACAAAUAUGCUGUACACCACAAUCAAUAUUAUACAAGAGUCAAGGAUCAAAUAACUCUACUAAUUUAAAAUGUAUUCAUGCCAUGGAUGGUCUAAAUGAAAAAGUUAAUGCUACCAGUAUGGACAUGCUUGGUAAAACAGAAAGUCCACAAGGAUAUGGCUUGGAAAUUGUUAAAGAAUUCAACAGACAUAUGAAGUUACUACAAUGUGCGCAUACCAGCAUUUUGAAUAUAUCACUGUUUACAGAAAUAUCAGUCAAAGUAUCACCGGAAUCAUGCCUUCUAAUUAUAAACAGCAGCCUUAUUGUUGUAACAUGUAAAUCCAGUAUUGAUGAUGAGUUUCAAAGUAUUGGUUUUGUUAAUAAAUGCUGUCCCCAUGGUUACACAUAUGUCUCUGACUUAAAUAAAUGCUAUUUACGUGAACCCGACUUCAAUUUAUACUCUUCCAUUUUCGACAAACCAAUGAUUUUUGUCGAUAAUUCAUUCGUAUGUCCCAAAAAUAAUGUUUUAGUUGAAUAUGUGGUAGGGGCGAAAACAAUAAACUUAAAAAAACAACAAAUUUUACUUAAGGACUAUGGCAGAUCUUUUAAAAGAAACGAAUUUUGCAUUGAAGCUAUUGAAGAGUUAAUUCAAAAUAUAAACCCUCAAAACUACAAAAAUAAUGAGCAAUUUUUAGUUCGCACUUGUCAACAACUUCAAAUUUGCGAUUCGGUACCGUGUCUUCGUAAGUGUUGUGCCGACGGUGAAAUAUAUCACAAAGGAAAUAUGACGACUUCUUGUAAAAGCGAUGAAAACGAUUCUAAAUUUCAGAGUCUGGCAACUAUGAAUCUCAGCGGAGUUUUCACGAAACCCUCAGAAUUUGGAGUUUUGACCGGAUUGGAAUGCUCAAAAUUUCGCUUGGACCCGGAAUCCUUUGCGGAUGAAAGCCAUGUAAUUAGUUCAACCACAGGAUCAUUGCUGAUAACCAGCACAAAAAAAAUUUACUCAAACAGUCAAUAUUGCAUAGAAAAAAUAAAGAAUUCAUCAUAUGCUGAUCGAAAGAACAGUUGUACACAUUUCUGUGUUUUGAUUCUAAAGUAGUGAACAAUGAUCGCAUACGAUUUAAGAUGUAUCCAGUUGGACUUUUGAUAUCCUGCUGUUUUUAUGCAAUAACCCUUUUGGUCUAUACUUCAAUCGAAAAACUGCGCAACCUUCCGGGAAAGAUUUUGAUUUGUUUGGUAAGCAG